AUGGAUGAAAUUAUCAGAACUAAUAGAGAAUUGCGCAAACAGUUGGCUGAGGAUGAUGAGAUCAUAUCUAAAUAUGAAACUAGAAUUAAAUCAUUAGUGCGGGAUCUUGAAAAUAGCAAUCUAGAAAUUCAUUAUCUGGGUAAAUCCCUAAUACAACGUGAAGCAGAAAUUGAAACUUUGAAAGAGGAUAAUAAAAAUCUAUCAAUCCAACUUCGGAAGGCUUUACAAGAUAUAGAGUCUAAAGAAAAAUUUAUCGUUUUUAGAGAAGAACAAUUUAUAGCAUUAGAAGAUAAAAUUUCAACAUUUAAUAAGAAGCCAAAAAUGAGUUCCCCACGUCAACGUCAAAUACAACCACCUAAUCCAAAUGAAAUUGACAUAAGUACUGAUAGUAUUAAUUCUGCAUGCAGAAGUCUUGAUGAGUUCAUACAAAGGCCAAAUAAUUCUACUCUAAAUCAGAGGACUGCGGUGAAUAAGCUUAAUGAAAUUACUACAUUUACACAUAGGCUCCGAGAUAUUGCUAAAUGGAAUGCUGAUCAAUUAGCACCACUUCAGGCCCAAAUACAGCAAAAUCUUCAAGCAUUCAAUCAGGUGAAUAUUCAGCUUACACAGGCCCAGAGAGAUCUUAAUCAACUUCAUCAGGAUUAUCUUCAGCUUAAUAUCACUCAUACUCAGCUUAAUAAUACUCAUAAUCAAUUUGUUAAUGCUCAGACUCAGUUUAUUAAUAAUACUCACAAUCCACUUGUUCAGGCCAAUCACCAGCUUACUCAGGCCUAUAACUUUUUCCAACCAAAAUAUGUAAAAUGGAAACAAAAAGCCAAAAACUCUGUUGGGCAAUUACAAAUAUUCCAACAAAAACACGUAAAAUGGAAACAAAGAGCCAGAAAUCCUGAUGUUAUUUGGCUUGUAGGAUUUUCAAAUUGA